CAAGAAUAGGUCUAUAUGGCAAAUAUGGCAAACACACAUACUGAGGACACGGCAUUUGCUUUCCGCGAUGAAGACUUUAUCCUUGAAGACUACAGUGAUUACCCUCAUGGCUUCUGCAGCCUUCAAAUUGAAAAUCUAUUCCCACGAGCUAGAUUCCCAAUGCUCCGCAAAGAAACUCCUGUCACUGAUAACGCAUACACACUAAUUGAACCAGCCCUCCUCCUCGCCUCGCGAAUUAUAAUCCAACGUUGGGAGUCACUCCGAAUAUUUGUCCGGCGUCAGCACCAUAGCCCUAUAGAAGGGUGGCUUGAUUCAGGUGGAGAGCUUGAACUAUCAAAGGAUGAAGUUAUCAGUCAGGUCAAAAAUGUGAUGCCUGACAUUGACUUUGAUCCUGACAUGGAACCAAAUUCCUGCUCUUUCGCGCAAACAACUCUCCGCCCCAAUGUUGCAUCAGAUUUGAUUGUCUUAGACUACAAUCUCAUUCGUCUUCUCAAGGAUUGUGGGCCGAGAGACAGUCAAAAACUCGCCGCUCUCUUCUUCCUAGCAGUAUUGCUAUGCCAUGAAUUAGCCCAUGUACUGGAAUUCCAAUGUAUUCACGAAGGCAGACUACGCCCUGACGGCAAGCCGUUCGAAACUCCUCCUGGAAUCACAUGUCGCGAAGCUGGUACUGGUUGGGAAACGCGUGCAUUCGGAGGUCGAAUCUAUCCGGUCUGCAAAGCAGAAAAUUCUUUACUUCAAAUUCGUGGCAUCUGCAUUAACAGCAGCGCUUGGAACUUUGAAAUGAUGAAGGUGAAUGAGAGCUGGAUCCGUCGACUGUUUUCUGAUGAGCACUGGAUCAUGGAUACACACCCUUUGCGGCCGCCCAUUGAUGUAUAUGUGCGCCAUGCAUUCCUUGAAGAUGAGCUGCUUGACAGGCAUCUGGAGUCUCCCUUGAAAAGAAAGAUGCGUGGAAGUGAUGUGCAUGUGGAAAUGCAAAGCCCGACGAAGAAGCGUAGGGUUAUUGAGACAAUGAAAAUUUGCGGGAGGAAAAAGGUGAAGAUAGGUUAUUGA